AUGUCUGAGAUCCGUAUUGCACUACUUGUCGAGACUAUCGAUGCUUCAUCAUCAUCAUCAUCACCAGUCAGGGUCUCUGUAACCGAGCGAGCCGAGUGUGCCAGCCAUACAUCUUUCUCGAGAAAGCGUCUCGUCAGGAGUGAAGACGACGACGACGACGACGGUGGUGUGGUUCUGUCACUCGUAGCAACGUCUACGGAUGCAGCUCCUUCAAGCCAUGCUUCAUUCCAUAACCGUCACCAGCAACACAAACGAGCCAUCAACGAAACCAGCUACGAAUAUGUCAUUGUCGGAUCCGGACCAGGAGGAGGACCUCUGGCAGCACGAUUGGCCAUUGCUGGCCAUAGUGUCCUGCUCAUCGAAGCCGGAGGCGACUAUGGAGACAAUUACAACAUGUCCGUUCCAACCUGGAGUCUGAAAGCUGCAGAGGACGACCUGAUCAAGUGGGAUUACUUUGUCACGCAUUAUGCAGAUGUGGAGCGACAGAAACGGGAUUCCAAAAUGGUUUAUCGAAGAAGUGAUGGAGGAUUGUAUACUGGACGAGAACCCCCCGUGGACGCUGAGCCCCUGGGAAUCUUGUAUCCGAGAACGGGGACGCUGGGAGGAUGUGCGGAGCAUAAUGCCAUGAUUACGACUUAUCCGUAUCGAAGUGAUUGGACUACCAUUCAGGAACUCACUGGUGAUGACUCCUGGGCCCCUGAUCAGAUGCGAUUGCAUUUUCAGAGGUUGGAGAAGGCUCAGUAUCCUGUGGGCUCUGGACAUGGCGAGGAUGGUUGGCUUUGUACCAGCUUGACUAACCUGGGCUUGGUCUUGCAAGACUUUAAGAUUCUCUCCAUUGUCAUCUCAGCUACUUCGGCCAUGGGAGGAGGCCUUUUGAGCACUCUACUCAACACCGUCACCAGUCUGGGUAAUGCCCUUCUCUCAGAUUUGAACAACGACGACCGAGACCGAGACCAAAAGACCGACGUCUACCAAAUCCCACUCGCCAUUGACGCCGAAACAUCCAAACGAAGUAGUCCACGCGGCUUCAUUCUCGAAACCGCCAACGCCGUGAAUGCAGAUGGCACUCGCAAAUACCACCUCGACAUCGCCCUCCACACCCUCGCCACCAAAAUCCGCUUUGACCAAUCCGGCAGCACGCCCCGAGCCAUCGGAGUCGAAUACCUCUCGGGCGAACGCCUCUACGCCGCAGACCCUUACCCUUCAAGCGAAAACGGCUCAUCCGGCUACAUCGCCGCGAGCAAAGAAGUCAUCAUUUCCGCCGGAACCUUCAACACUCCUCAACUACUCAAACUGAGCGGAAUAGGCCCUUCCGCCGAACUCCAACGCUUCGGAAUCCCCAUUAUCAAAGAUCUUCCUGGCGUAGGAAGCAACAUGCAAGACCGCUACGAAGUCGCCACCGUCUACGAAACCGAAGACAAAGACCGCUUCCAAGUCUCCAGCAGAUGUACUUUUCAAUACAACGGCCAACCAGACCCUUGUCUGGACGAAUGGCUCGCAGGAUCCGACGUCGCUUCUCGAGGCCCCUAUACCACGAGCGGGGCAGCCGUCGGCGUAGUCCUCAAAUCUUCUGCAGCGGCCUCGAGUGAAGAUCCUGAUUUGUUUAUUAUUGGAACACCGGGAGUGUUUAAUGGAUUUUAUCCUGGAUUCGCGUACGAUAGUGUGAUAUCAGCGAAUAAAUGGUCUUGGUUAGCGUUAAAAGCGCAUUCGCAUAAUUCUGCGGGGAAGGUUACGCUGAAAUCGGCGAAUCCGAGAGAUGUGCCACUGAUUGAUUUUGCGUAUUUGGAUGAAGGAAGUGUUGGGUAUGAGAAGGAUUUGCAAGCGUUGUAUGAAGGAUUGUUAUGGGGAAGAGAGGCGUUUGAGAAAGUGAAUCCUCUUGCUGGCGGGUUUGUGGAAGUUUUUCCUGGCGAGAAAUUGCAGAGUGAGGAGGAAUUGAAGCAGUAUGCCAUGGAUGAGGCUUGGGGACAUCAUGCGUGUUGCACGGCGGCGAUUGGUGCCGAGGGAGAUCCCAUGGCUGUGUUGGAUGGGAAUUUCAAGGUGAGAGGCGUGCAAGGGUUGAGGGUGGUGGAUGCUUCGAUUUUCCCUAAAAUUCCGGGGACGUUUAUUGCGUUGCCGACGUAUAUGGUUAGUGAGAAGGCUGUGGAGGCGAUUCUUAGCGGACGGUAG